ACAGCAGAGACGAUUAUUAUUCCUGGUAGAGCAAGAUCCUUUCAGAUAUAAUGCUUUCGAGAUUAUCUAUGAAAUGAUAAUGAUGUGUACAGAAGAUACUACGGUGUUAGUGGAUGAGGUUCUUCACAGCAUCUUCUUUUUGGGAAAGAUCAAAAUGCCGAUAUUUUCCCCAGCAGAUAUUGUGAGUGAUGAUCCUCACUUGAUAAAUACAUUAAGGGAGCCACACCCCGGGCCUUUUGACCACUAUUCCUCUCAGGUACCCAGGAGGAGUCCAUUUUCAUGUGUGCUCGACAUGGUUGUCAACGUGACUGGACAAAACAACGAAGGAGAAAUCAGACAGUGGCUGCAAACCUUCGUCGGUAGACUGCGGGGGGAUAUUAACAAACCUCUGGUCUCCAAAACCAUCUGUGUCUCUCAGAGCAAUCCCCCAGGUUCAGUCAGGUUCUACGGAGUCUCCAUGUCCGCUGAUGGCGCUGUACCAAAGAAAAUCCUGAUUGGUGCUUCCUGUCUCAGCAGCUGGGAUGAGUAUGUAGCUGACGCAGUGAUGACCUACUAUCCAGAGCCAAAUAGAAGGCCAUUUGUCAGAAAGACAUAUUUCGAUGGAACCAUCAGAGUUCCAGAGAAUGUCCGGUGCGAAACGUUUGAUCUCUAUGACGGAGGAUUAAAGCCUCCUUGUAAGUCAUGUGGUGAGUUGUUUGGUUUGACAACAACUGAAACAAGGGGAUUCGCCCACGGCAACUGUGCCGAAGCUGAAAGUCUGAGCAACUUGUUUCAAGGUGAUGAAGCAGUUAGAGAACAAGCACGACCAACAUCUGUAACGUACACAGAGCAGAACAGAGAGAGGGCUAGAAACAGUGUCCUUGAGGCGCUUAGAGGUUUGGUGCGCGCCUUUGAGGGAUUUACUCAAUGGACACAUGUAGAUAGUUUCUACAUCCCACAGUAGGUCAGAUCUUAAAAGGGGAAAGACUGAAUCAGGGCCGGGACAAUGUGCUUUAGAUUUGAUUCUUUCCUGAUACAUGAGUGUGAUUUUCAUUUAUUGUUAUUCAAUAGGAGUUUUGGGAUCUUCUUUUCCUUCUUUAACAAAAACAAAAGUUUAAUAAAACACGUCUAGAGACGAUAUAUCAGGAGAUAUUUCUAAAAACUAACAUGUUUUCUAAGAAGAAUGACAUCACGUCAGUCAGUCUGAUGUUGAUUUACUUUAUAAAGAAGAACAUAAGACGGAUUUUCUGCUGUUUCUGCUUUCGCUCUGUUUCCCUGGAAACAGAUAUGAUGUAAUCGCCGUCGGCGUUACCAUAGAAACAGAACAUAUUUAUUUCAAUCAUUGGUAAAAACAUGAAUAAAAUAAAAAUAGAAUAUGCGGCAAUGAAUCGUUGUUU